AUGGGAGAUGGUUGCACUGCUAGCAAUUUCUUUUACAAUUGGGGAGUUUUAAGCCGUGAUAUAAAUGCAACACUAUCAUCUCCUCAUUUUGUAGAAGACUCCAUCUACCCACAAUCUGAUAUUAAUCCUACUGUUGUAUUAACUAUCAAGUCUGAAGAAUCAUUUGGAUAUCUCGGAAAGAGAUUUGUGUUCCCAGCUGCUAAAAUAAAUGCCCUCAAAGCCAAAGUUGCUCAUGAAUCGGAAGUCCAUAAUCCAACUCGAACUGAAGUUAUAUGCGCCAAAGGCUCAACCCAUCUUUGUCACAUGAUGCAUCUGGAAAUAUUGUAUCUGGAUUUUCUGUGCAAACAACCAAUGAAAGGGACAUCAGUUGUCCAAAAUUGUUUGAUUGCACUCCCGCUUUAUAAAACAGACUUUGGUUGGGGGAGGCCAGCUAGAGUGAGCAUGGCAACUGGCCACUUCAGUAAGUUAUUUUUUCUGAUGGAUAAUCAAAGUGAAGGUGGAGUUGAAGCCAUAGUCAUGUUGGACGAACAAGACAUGUCUAUAUUUGACAGAGAUCCUGAGCUUCUGGAGUUUGCUAUUCCAGCUCCAAAUCUUUAA